AUGGCAGCACCCGUUCCACAAUUUCAGACAUUCAUAUCGGUUAAAGAAUUUCGUGAACUUGUUCAAAAAACUUACGAAAAGGAGAUCGCCGAAGAUGAAAAAAUUGACGCCCGCGAUCUGCAACGCUUCAAUGAAAACGACGACUACACUUUGCGAUUUAUUCAACAUGGUCAACAUGGAACUACUUUUGAUCAAGAACGUGCACUACGCCUUUUCAAAGCAUCAAUGGAGUGGCGAAAACGACAUAAUGUCUAUGAUAUUUCUACAAGUGAAUUUCCGGCAGAAUUCAUCACACGACAAGCACUCUUUUUCAAAAAUCAAGAUCGACACAACAAUCCUCUGCUUCAUAUCGCCGUUCGAAAACUUGAUAAAUCCAAAGAUGAUAAAGAAGCAGUAAAACGUUUUCUUACCUAUACGUUUGAAGAACAUCUUCGUCAACAUCCAGAACAAAAAAUUGUCCUUGUGUUCGAUAUGAGCGAAACCGGACUCAGUCAUAUGGAUUAUGAAUUGGUUAAAUUCAUCAUUGCCAGUGCACAACAUUUCUAUCCAAGAUUGCUCGCAUAUAUGCUGAUCUUCAAAAUGCCAUGGCUUUUAACGGCGGCAUGGAAAUUGAUAAAGACUUGGUUGCCACCGGAAGCUGAUCAAUUUAUCAAAUUUGUUGAUGAAAAAUCAAUUCAAGAUUAUAUUGCACCUGAUCAGUUGUCCGAAGCUAUGGGUGGUACGGCACGUUAUGAUUAA